UUACCAUCAGAAACAACUUUGAAAAGUUUAAUUUUGUCACUGUUUUUGAAAUUAGAAAUAAUGUAAAUAAAGUACUGAAACAAAGCAGUCUCACAAUAAAUAGUAGCUAUUCCUGUCACUUCUUGCAGUGGAGGCCCAAUAUACAUUGCAUUCUCAUAUUUGUACUUCCUCCCAACAUCUAGUGCAUAUUUGGCCAACAUAUAAAUAUUUAUCGAAAGAAUGAAUGACAUCAAUGACAGGUUGGUAGCACUCCGCUGUCCGAUGGUCCAGGUUAGACCGUGAGGCCACGAGGAAACUACGGAUAAAACAGUAUCCAAUUUGCCUAUACCGCCUGCUAAACUACAAGUCCCAGUACGCAAACUCCAUGGUUUCAGGGCAUACUGGGAGAAAGUCUCCGGCUCUUCAUUGGCCACGUAGGAGAAGCUGUGGUUUGUGUAAAAGCGCGGGCUUUAACGCACGUACGCACGGAGACUGCGCAGAUCUCCUCGUCUGAGUUCCGCGGAACUCAUUUUGAGUGUAGGCGUUUUAGCCGGUAGGGUUUAAGAACAGUUUCAUUUCCGGAGCCACCGGAAGCAGCUUGAAAAUGGCGUCUCCUUCGCUGGAGCGGCCAGAAAAAGGGGCUGGAAAAAGUGAAUUUCGUAACCAGAAGCCGAAGCCGGAGAACCAAGAUGAAUCAGAACUCCUUACGGUUCCUGAUGGUUGGAAGGAACCAGCUUUUUCCAAAGAGGACAAUCCCAGAGGACUUUUGGAGGAGAGCAGUUUCGCAACUUUGUUUCCAAAAUACAGGGAAGCUUACUUGAAAGAGUGUUGGCCAUUGGUGCAGAAAGCCUUAAAUGAACAUCAUGUUAAUGCAACCCUGGACCUGAUCGAAGGCAGCAUGACUGUUUGUACUACAAAGAAGACUUUUGAUCCAUAUAUCAUCAUUAGGGCCAGAGAUCUGAUAAAACUGUUAGCAAGGAGUGUUUCAUUUGAACAGGCAGUACGAAUUCUUCAGGAUGAUGUUGCAUGUGACAUCAUUAAAAUAGGUUCUUUAGUAAGGAAUAAAGAGAGAUUUGUAAAACGAAGACAACGGCUUAUUGGUCCCAAAGGAUCUACAUUGAAGGCAUUGGAACUCUUAACUAAUUGUUACAUUAUGGUUCAGGGAAACACAGUUUCAGCCAUUGGACCUUUUAGUGGCUUAAAAGAGGUUAGAAAAGUAGUCCUAGAUACUAUGAAGAAUAUUCAUCCAAUUUAUAACAUUAAAAGCUUAAUGAUUAAGAGAGAGUUGGCAAAAGAUUCUGAAUUACGAUCACAAAGUUGGGAGAGGUUUUUGCCGCAGUUCAAACAUAAAAAUGUGAAUAAACGCAAGGAACCAAAGAAAAAAACUGUUAAGAAAGAAUAUACGCCAUUCCCACCACCUCAACCAGAAAGUCAGAUUGAUAAAGAAUUGGCUAGUGGUGAAUACUUUUUGAAGGCAAAUCAGAAGAAGCGGCAGAAAAUGGAAGCAAUAAAGGCUAAACAAGCAGAAGCCAUCAGUAAGAGACAAGAGGAAAGAAACAAAGCAUUUAUUCCACCUAAGGAAAAACCAACUGUGAAACCUAAGGAAGCUUCUACUGAAACUAAAAUUGAUGUGGCCAGCAUCAAGGAAAAGGUUAAGAAAGCAAAGAAUAAGAAACUGGGAGCUCUUACAGCUGAAGAAAUUGCGCUUAAGAUGGAGGCAGAUGAAAAGAAAAAGAAGAAAAAAAAGUAACAUACCCAAAACUCCUUGACUAGAACUAUCUAUCUCCUUUUGUAAAGGAUUUUGAGAUACCAGGCAUUAGUUGCCUUAUUUGUGAGAAAUUUUCUGAGGGCUUUUUUUUUUUUUUUUUGGUGGUGGUGGUUGUUCAUAAAGAGUGUUCUUUAUAAAUUAUAUUAUUGUAUUUUUUGAAAAAUUUAUACUAGAAAGUGGUAUAUAUGUCUUUGUAUACAUUACGACCAUUGUGAUUAUCCAUUAAAUCCAGUGUCUGAUGCUAUUGGUUAGUAAUGAUGUCCCAGCAUUUGAUGUUCCCUCUCUGAUGAUAACAAGUAAAUAUUUAGGUUUAUCCCUUUUGAAAAUUUGGUUUUACUUUUAACAGUCCAUGAACAGAAAAUUAAGGCCUCUAAAAUCAGAUCCCCUAGUUACUCCUCUGUUCUGAAUCUGGGGAAGUGGUAAACCAAAAAGACAGGGAAAACCAGAUAUUUAGAGUCGAAGCAGCAUGCAAAAAAUAAUGUUUUUAACUAAUGAAGGCUACUGGAGUUACUAAGAAUCACCUAAAAAUGUGCUACUGUACCUUGCUCAUUUUGCAGAUUUAGAAGCUGAAACAUGGGUUAGGUUACUUACUAAAAGUCCACCUGUGGCAACCUGCAAGUAAUGCUUAUUUAUAGUAAAGAUGAGUUUAUCUGAUUGAUAGAGUUAGGAAAUUUCUUCUUUUGAGUAAGAGUAUUGCUAUAACAUAUUUUUUUUCUGAAAUGUUUUAAAAUAGAAGUACACCUAAUUGUUAUUGGUUUAAAAAAAGCCAUACAUGAAUAAGGUUGGUUUUUGGGUUUUUUUCUUUCCUGAAUUGUAUUAGUCCAAAAGAACUAAAUUAGGGUACUUGUGCUGUACCAAAACGGUAAUUAUAACAGACAGUAUUAGAAUUACUGAAUUAACAAUGAGAAAGAGAGAAGUGUAUCUGUUACGUGGAUAUAUGGGCCAGCCUGGAUACACAACAGAGUAGUAACCUGUGAAACAAACAUAGAAUAUCCUCUUAGACAUUGUUCCUCAUAAUGCACUGACAGAAUUCACAUAGCUCUUAAUGAAACAAUUUAAGAUUGAUGUACGUACGUUUGACUUGGUCUCUCUGUCGGUUAACUGUAAAGUUAGGAAGAAAGAAAAAAAAUUAAAAGGGUAGAUACAGUUGAGAGUUUUAUUUUAAAAAGCUAAGACUUAUAAUAAUUAUGACCAUUAACUUGCUUUGGCUUUAUUGCAGUGACUUUCCAAGUUUAAUUAUUCAAAAUUUUUUGAACUGACUGAAUUAACUUGGUAUUUUUAAGUUGACUUUUUAUAUAAACUUUAUUUAUAUAAACUUUAUAAACCUUUCAUAAAAAGGAAACUAUACCAUUACUAUAAAUGGAAAAUCAUUUUCCACGUCAUACCUAGCAGGUAAUAAAAUUUAAAAAAUAAAAAUUAAAUAUUAGAAUGUGAGAAAUUUAUUAAAAUAUAGUUCUAAAAAUAAGUUUCUUCCUGAGAAGAAUGAUACUGUUUAUGAUGAGUCCAUAGUGAAAAGACAGUGACCUCUCUUUCAUCCAGUCUAGUAUAUCACUAAAUCAUCAUUACGAUGUUUGUUUGGCUAUCAAGUCAUUAAUUACUGUCCUCCUUUCACUGAGCUUUAUUCAAAUUUUGACAAUCAGAGCACUGGGAAGAAAUAAAUUCCACAACUGCCUUUAGCCUUCUGGAUACUUUCUUUUAUAAAAUAGAAACCUUUUCCACACCAGUUCUGCAGCAGUCGCUAUUAGAUGCUCAUGGUAGAACCCAUCAAUCAUCUAGUCCUCUGGGCACUGGUGAGCAUCCCUGGUCUUCAUACCUGUGAGUGGGCUUUGUCUGUGGUGAAUUACUGUAAAGAUGCUACCCUCACUUUUCUUGGCAGUUAGUUAUGUCCAUGAAAUCAAGAGUGUGAUGUUCUAGUUAGUUAUUUUUUCUUAUAUAUAUUUUUGAAUGUUCAAUAUUCAACUAUUGAAACAAACGUACAUCUGUGAACUAGCUAAAAUCAUCUUAUGUACCACUAAUAUGCCCAGCACAUUUCGUAAAACAGUCCUGAUUUGGCCUCCAAGGGUAUUUAUUGAACUACCAGCAGUAUCUAGGAGACCACAAAGGAAUACCGCAAAGGAAUUUAUGCUCCAGUGCUUGCCAUAAUUUGUCUGAGAAAGAAUCUCUUAAAUAAAAGCUUUUAUCCUCUAACCUUUACCUUCAUCAGACCUUAUAAAAGGUCAAAUGGUGAUUCUUAAGUUUUUUAGUCACAAAUCUUACUUAUUCAGUAUUAAUGCGAAGAGUAGAAUACUUUCAAGUAAGCCUAAACCUACAUGAAAACAAAUUACAUAAAUCUAGCUUUGAGAAUAGGAAAUUAGUGACAAGAUCAAUCUGUAAGAUGUUGAGCACUUAUCUGAAGUAAAUGGGUAAUGAGUUUCACAUCUUAUAAAUACAAGUUAGCAUGUGUUUUCUCAAGAGUCCAAGGGUUUUCAUUAUUGGACUACAGCUUUAAUCUCCUAAAUGUUAUUCCCCAAGAUUAAAGAUCAUCUCAAGUUAGAUCACCAAAGAUCAAAAGCUAAAACCAGAAGUAUUUUUGUCAUUGUGGUGGUGGUAGUGUUACUAAUUGCCUAGAUUUUUAAAGGGAAACAUUUUUUUCACUGGACUGUUUCAUUGAAAAAAGUAAAUAGAAGCAGAAACUUGCCCAAAGUCACAGUGGUCAAACUGGAAAUUGCACUAAAACUUGGCAUACUGGUUCUGAAAUCCAUAGUUUUAGCUCUUAUGUAUACUGGUUAAUUUGGAAGGAAGAAAUUAUGUUUUGAAGUGCAGAGUGAAAGGAAGAAUUCAGUGAAUACAUUGAUACCUUGAUAUUAUCUGCAUUGUGGCUACAUGUUACUGACUUUUCUUCACAAGAGUGAUAUAAGUGAAAUAAAGAAUGAUAGGACUGGGAGAAAAAUGGCUCAGAAAACUUUGCAAAAGUACGAUUGUAUGUAAAGAUAAGUAUUCAACAUUAAAUGGGAAGGAGGAGAGCAAGCAGUUUAAUAUAUAUAAUUUUAUAAUUUUAGGCCUGCAAGGGACCUUAUAAAACGUGAGCAAUGGAACACUUUUUUCCAAACUAAAUUUCGUGCAGUGGAACUUGGCUGACUCUGUCCUUCCUCUAUUCUAAGCACCCUACUCUAGCCCGGCUGCUCUGAGUUCAGUUUGUUACAAAUAUGGACACGAAAGUACCACAGGCUUUGCACAGCUUAAUUGAAGUUUCCCCUUCACACCAUGGUAAAAAUAAAAACAUACUGGGAUGGAAGGGCUUGUGUCUAGAACAAGAACCAGAAAUAAACUCUUGGCCACUUACUAAUAUUUCAAAAUCACAAAGCAGAAUUUUUUGGAUGUUUAGUAAAACAUCCUUGGAAAUGUAACUGCUUGCAGCUUCUACACUUCUUCAUUAAAUGCUGUCUGGCUAAUAAAAAGUGCCAUGUUGCAGCUUUAUUUUAUUUUCAUUUUUUGGAGAUAGACCCUCACUGUGUCACCCAGGCUGGAGUGCAGUGGCACAAUCUCUGCUCACUGCAACCUCCACCUCCUGGGCUCAAGUGAUUGUCCUGCCUCAGCCUCCUGAGUAGCUGGGAUUACGGGCAUCCACCACCACACCCAGCUAGUUUUUGUAUUUUUAGUAGAGGGGGGUUUUGCCAUGUUGGCCAGGCUGGGCAUGGUGGCAUGGUAAUCUCAGCUACUUGGGAGGCUGAGGCAGGAGGAUCGCCUGAACCCGUGAGAUGGAGGUUGCAGUGAGCUGAGAUCACACCACUGCACUCUAGCAUGGGUGACAGAGCAAGACUCUGUCUCAAAAAAAAAAAAAAAACAAACAAAAAAAACAGAAUUCUGUUUGUUUGGAUGACCUGUUAUACUUAUUUUUGAUCUUGCUGAAAUAAGCAAAUCUUAGGAAUCUUAGUCUACAGUUUCUGACAGUUUUUUUUGUUGUUGUUUGACCAAUUAGAACUAAAUAAAAAGAACGUGAUUUUCACAUUUAAA